AUGGCUUCUCGACUUAUCCCUCGUUUUCGUCCUGCCCAGCCCAACUUAUCCAGCAUCACCCGGCUCCAACACAGCAUGACAUCCUCCGCCACACCUCGUAAGUACGAGUGGCUCGUUGUCGUUCCCGACAAGCCCAAUACCCUCGCCAAGCGCCUCGAGGUCCGCCCUACGCACUUCAAAAACCUCCAGGACAAGCUUGAUGCCGGUAUUUUUAGGAUGGGGGGCGCUCUCUUGGACGAGGUCCCUGCGGAUAAUGAGCCUUCGAGCUUGAAAUUCAACGGCAGUACUCUGGUUUGUCUCGCAGAAUCCAAGGAGGAGAUUAUGGGUUGGCUGGAGAAGGAUGUUUAUGCUGAGGCUGGAGUCUGGGAUCUCGAAAAGGUCCAACUGUGGCCAUUCAAAUGCGCCUUUAGACACCCCGUAGAACAGUAG